AUGGUAGAUCAAUUUACAAAAUGGGUUGAGUGUAUCCCGUUACCGUCACUUACUGGCGAAGUUACAGCUGAAGCCAUGGUGAAUCAAUUCUUUUCCCGGUUUGGCAUUCCAUUCGAGAUAUUCACAGAUAGGGGCACAAAUUUUGAAAGCAAACUGUUCAAGGAAGUGUGCUGUCUUCUGGGAAUAGAUAAAAAACGGACUACCCCUUACCGCCCUUCUGCAAACGGUCAAGUGGAGCGAUAUAACCGUACGUUAAUGGAGGCAGUACGGUGUUUUACAGCAAACCGUCAAGACUCGUGGGAUGCCAACUUACCGCAUAUAGUAGGUGCGUUACGAUCAUCUGUAAAUCGAAGUACUGGGUUUACUCCUAACAAAAUGAUGUUAGGGAGAGAAGUGUAUAGCCCGGCCGAUUUUGUCUUCCCUUCACAGAAGAUUAAAUUUACAACUGAAUCUGAGUACGUGUCCCGACUGGAGAAUUCUAUAAAAGACGCGCAUGACCAAGCCAGAGAAACAUUGAAGGCCGUGCAGAAAACAAGGAAAAGAGAUUAUGAUCUCCGGCUUAACAGCAAGACUUACAAGGUGGGUGAUCCGGUAUAUAUGCUGGAUACCGCACACAAGAAAGGGACAUGUUACAAACUGUCAUUCAAAUGGGACGGACCAGGAAUAGUGACACAGCAGAUAUCUCCUUAUCUGUACCGAAUAAGACACAAACAUGUGGUCAAGACAGUUAAUCAUGACCGGUUGAAAAUCUGCAAGGAAACAAAUCUUCCUAAAUGGGCCAAUCAAGAAAUUGACCGACUGACUGGACUGUUAGGUGUUGACAGCGACGAGACAGUAUAUUGUUUGUGUAGACAGCCAGAUGACGGUUCGUUCAUGAUUCAGUGCGAUUGGUGUGAUGAGUGGUUUCAUGGUAGAUGUGUGAAUGUGAGUGAGGAAGAAGGUGUGAGGAUAAGGAAAUAUAAGUGUCCAAAUUGUUGA